AGAAGCGGGGACAGGGGUCCGGUCCUCCGCAGGGGACUGUCCGGGGCUGCCGGGACCCCUGCGGCCGCCCGGCGGCUCCCCGCGGAGCGGUGGGGACGCUGAGUCACACAGCUGUCACGCCCCUCACCUCUCACCAGCCCUCCGGGGUCUAAAGUAAAAGCGAAAGCGAAUGAGACUCGCGGGGCAGCCGGUCCAGAGAGCCGUGCCCGUCGCCUCCUCCCGGACCCCUGGGCACCUGGAGGCGCCGGCGGGGGCGCGGGCGGGGGUGAGGCCAUGGCCCGCCCGCCGCUGCGGGGCCGCUGGGCCGGCGACCUCCCGGCGCUGCUGCUGCUGCUGCUGCUCCGGCCGCCGCGGACGCGGGGUACCACAUGCGCUACUCCAACAUCUAUUGAACACGCAAACAUCCAAGUCAAGAGUUAUAACGAGAACUCCAGAGAGCGUUAUAUUUGUAACUCUGGUUUCAAGCGUAAAGCUGGAACGUCCAGCCUAACUAAGUGUCUUCAUAACAAGGACACAAAUAUUACCCAGUGGACAAUUCCCUCUCUCAAAUGCAUCAUUCUGAAGCCACCCAAGUUCCACCCGCAGGAUCAUAAAUUCCAUGUGGUUGUCCUCUCUCUAGGAGACCCCUCCCUGACUCACCAAAGGCCAUCCUCCACAGUAGCGCCAGCAAGGGUGACCCCAGAGCCAGAGAGUCCUUACCCUCCUGGAAAAGAACCAGCUUUCAUGUCCAAGCCAGACACCAUAGUGGCCACAAAGCCAGCCGUGGUACCGGGCUCCAGGCUGAUGCCAUCCAAACCUCCUGCAGGAACCACCGGGGUAGUCAGGAAUGAGCCCUCCCAAGCCCCACCUCCCACAACUGCAAAGGCCUUGGAACACACUCCUUCCACCUCCCUCGAGAAGCUAGGUACACAUUCAUCCAAUUCCACAGUUGUCACUGUGGCAACACUCUCAUCUGUUACUGUGCUUUGUGGAGCAUUACUUCUGGUAUGUUAUUGUAAAAGAUCAAGGCAAACUUCCCAGACACCCCGUGAUCAAAUGGAAAAUAUGGAAGAUAUCCCAAUGACUGGGAGAACCAAUGGCCGAGAGGAGGAUACAGAAAGCAGCCACACAAUCUAGGAAACUCCAAGGAAAAGCCAGGCCAGCAAGGGCUACAGCGAAGGCACCAACUCUGCUCUGGCCAGAGGGGACCUAGAAAAGACUCAAGGAGUCCGGGGCCAGGGAGAAGCCACCAAGAUGUGCCCACCCGCAGCACUGUCUGCAGGAGUAGGCGCUCUAGGCUUAGGAUGGAAGCUUGAUGCCUGCCCUGCCUCAGAUAUGGGGCCAAGUUCCCAAAGUCCCAGGCAUUGAAGGCCUCAGGUCUUCCUAACAGGGCUUUUAUUUUAUUAUGAUAUUUAUUCAGGAUAACUUAUCAGCUUGACUCUCUUCCAUCCCUCCUCCUGACUGGCAGUUUACAAAGAAAAAUAUAUCUGAGGCUCUAAGUGAAUUCAGGAGGCUCCUCCUGGCUUGAGAGGUGUCUAUAAGGAUGACAUUAGCUUUUGAGCUCCUAAAACUCUCUCCAGUUAGGUGCUCUGCUUGCACUGAAAGGGAGCAAAGAGAUAUUGUACCCAGUGAAUUCUCUUAAUUUAAGGAUUCAGAAAGAAAACUGAACUCAGUGACAUUUUCCAUAUACACAUUUAUAUUUAUACAUCGUUUAUUAUCCUAUAUAAUAAAAGCCCAGCGAUCGAAUGGCAGAACAACCAGUUGACCAGUCACUAUGAUGUGCACUGACCAGGGGGCAGACGCUCAAUGCAGGAGUGGGAGCACUGCUAAGUCUGACCAGGAUGAGCGGCUGCUCCCACUGCAAACUCUGGGCCAAUGGGCAGGAACCCAGGUUGCGAUUGUCCCCUCCUUACCCCAGGCUCCUCCUCCUUGCUCCCUUUCACCUCCUCGGACACCUGCAGGCUGCACAGCGUCUCCAUCUCCACCACCUCCAUGGCCUAGGCUCACAGAGCUGGACCCCUGAGGCUGGGAGGCGGGUUUCUGGCUGCCAUGGGAAUGAGGCCUACUCUACCGCUGUUGUCCUUGGGCCUGGCUCUGACCAGGUCCUCUGGAGAGGCUAGUGAUCUGGUGCCACAAAAGAUGCCAGACCAGGGAGCAGCCGCUCAGAGGGCCGGUCCACAGCCACUCAGCUGACCUGGAUGAGCGGCGCUCCCAUAGCAAGUCGAUCCCCACGAGCCAUGCCCCCCACCAGUACACGAAUCCCAUGCACCAGGCCUCUGGAAUCUACACAUUAUGACUUCAUUUUGAAAUUGUAUUCUAUGUAAACAAAAUAAAAUGUCUAUUUUCAAUUUAAAAA